GACACGGCGGCGUGGGGGCGGCAGCUCGAGGAGCACGGCGUUGUCGUGCUCGCGGGCGCCCUGACCCGGGAGGAGGUCGACGCGUGCGUGGGUCUCCUGUGGGACUGGCUCGAGGGCCUCGGCACGGGCAUCGACCGUCACGACGCCACGACGUGGACGACGACGGACGGCCGCUGGCCGGUGGACAACUCGUCCACAGGCGUCGUCUGCACCGGGGGGGCAGGUCAGUCCCUCGCGGCGUGGACCGUCCGCAGUGCCGCGGCCGUCCGGGGGGCCUUCGCGGCGGUGUGGGGUACGGGCGAGCUGAUCACGUCGAUGGACGGGCUCAUUCGUCCUCUGGCGACCGUGGCAGCAGAAGCCCGCUGGCGUCGCCGAGAGCUGGCGCACCCGUGGCGGCUGGCUGCACAUCGACCAGAACGUCAGCAGGCGGCCUGGGCGCGAGGCGGUGCAGGGGCUGGUGACGCUUACCGGGGCCGAGACCCGGCGUCCACCGGCGGCUUCGUGUGCGUGCCGGGCAGCCACGCGCGCCCGGUGCGCGAGGCACUCGUACAGCGGCACUCGGGCUACUUCCAGGCCAAGAAGCGGGGUGACUACUUCCACCUGCCGCAGGAUGACCCUCUGCAGGGCCGAGCGGUCGGCGUCCCGGCGGCGCCCGGCGACCUCGUGCUCUGGGACUCGCGCCUGGUGCACGCCAGCGAGCCAGCUCCCGGGCGCGAAGGCGACGUGCGCGACCCGGACCAGGGGCGCGAGCAGGUGCCGCUGGAGCUCCUCCGGGCGGCGGUGCCGGUGUGCAUGCUGCCGCGGAGCUGCGCCGCCGAGGAUGGCGGGCUGCCCGCCUGGCGCCGCGACGCGCUUCGCCAGGGGGUCACCACGAAGCACUGGCCGAACCGGAGGCGCACCCAGGGCGCGGCUGCCGGGCCUGGCUAUGUCGCCCCCGAGCUGUCCGACGUCAUGGCGGGCCUGCUGUGA